GCGGUGCAUUGGUUUGCGCUUCUGCCGGCGGAGUCGGAAGGAGUCAUCGCCGGCAUGGGCCGCAAGAAGAAGGGCCGGCGCGAUGGGGCUCCGAUGCUCCGGAGAGUCGUGUCUUUCGAUGAGAAGAGUCGGUGGGAGUUCUUGACAGGGUUUCACAAACGUAAGGUUGAGAGGAGGAAAGUAGCUUUGGAGGAAAUAAAGCGCAAACUAAAGGAGGAAGAAAAGAAGAUGAAGGAAGAGAGACAUAAAGAAUACAUGAAGAUGUUGAAGGAGAGAGAAGAAGCCUUAGAGGAAGCUGACGAGUUGGAACAUUUAGUGACAUCUCAAACAGAAUCGGUGAGCUAUGAUCACCCAAACCAUACGGUCACUGUUACUACCAUCAGUGACUUGGACCUUUCUGGUGCUCGUGUGCUGGGGCUAACCGAGAACGAAAAUACUGACCCAGAAGGAGAAGACACCUUGAAUACAUCUACAUUGCCUAAGAAAUCUAGAGAUCCACUUCUGUCUGAGAGAAUUUCUUCCCUCACUGCUUCUCUGCAUUCCCGUACUCAGAAAAAGGGGAAAAGAAAAAAGAUCAACCACAAACAAGGGACAAAGAACAGAGGCCAAAUCAUAAGAACAGGACGAACGAGCAAGUCCCAGCGCCGGAAAAUGACAGGUGGCAGGAGGAGGCAUGUCCAAGACUGAAUGGCUGACACAUGGACUAUUAAACUCUACUAAUUGGCUUGGAGGAAGAUCAGUGUUAUGUGAACACAAUCUUCUGCUCAGGAUUGCAGAGGAGAGGUGAUACUUGGUGUUCCAGGAGCUAAGAGCCCAUACAAAUUAAGCAAACCUAAUCUUGGUUUGUGUAGGUCUCCUGCUGGGAAAGACCUCUCUCAUUCAACUUCCCCUUAUUUGGGUGGACAAAGGCCUUUUUUCCCCAGAGAGAGAUUAGAUCCCUGAUUAAUAUCAUGUUUCCCAAAACUGGUGGAGAUCACAUUAAUAAUUGCAUUCAAGUUCUUAUCUCCAUGCAAUAACGUUUCAUGUAUUGGAUUCAGAAAAAGAAACAAGUAUAAAAGAGUAGCCUUGGUCAACCAGGUGUUUUCCACUUGUUGGGACAAACACCCAAAUAUUGUGCAACACAUCUGUCAAGUAUCAGGUUGGGUAAGGCUAGCACAGAUAAUAGCAAUAUUUUCUUCUUGCACAUUUUUUUUACUAUUAUUCAUAUUAAUUUUCAUCUCUUGAUGAGGAAACAUGUUUCUCAUAAAUUCUUGUGACACAUGCCAACGAUUACGUCACUACUCAUAAACAAGCAUUGAAGAUAAAAGUAGUUAACUUUUUGAAUUGUUUUUGCUCUCAUGGCAAAACAUAGACUCUGCCCCCAUUCCCAGUAAAUACUCCCAAGGAGUAACUUGCUGAUGCUCACAUGAAUUUAUGGAAGCAGUGGGAAUGAAUCCAUAUCUACACUUUAAAACCACAUACUUGAUCUAUUAGCUGUCAGAGACUUUUUAAAACGACCAAGAGCCAAAUGUUUCUUUAGCUGGAUUCAUAACACUGCAUUUUGCUUUGUUUUUUGUUCUGAAGAGGCCCUCUCUCAAAGUGUUGGCUCUGUGUCUGAGCAUCAUUUAAUUACAAUACAUUGAAAUGUCAAGGCAUCUGCCAUUUUUAAUUCUUGAAUUAGAUCUCCAGAUCAAAAAGAGUAUUGUUUUGCCCAUCCAGCAAAAGAACAGGAGGCAGGAAGAGGGAUUUUCUGUAUUAUGUUCUAACAGCAGUCUGGAAAGCUGGGGAGAAAGCCAAUGCAGAUGCUGUUGCUUGUGCCCUGGCAAUAAUCACACCAACCAAAAUAUUUCUGAUCUAUUUGUAAUUGGUUACAGAGCCCAGAGAAAUAAUGCAUUAUGAUGGGGAACUCAGAGGAGGGGAAAGGGGGAGAGGUGAGGCCUGGAGGUCAAGCUGUAUAUGUGUCUUGUGGCCUCAGUCAUGUGAGGACUUUGAAAGGCAGCACUUGCUAGAUAAAAGUAUUUUUGCUCCUUGUCUUUGAAGGCUAAAUGCCAGAAAGACUAGGUUCAUGGCAGUUGGGUGGUUUCCUGUUUUGGGGAAGGGUGAGGGAGGAGAGUAUGUUUCUGAUUUCUCAGUUAUUGGAAAGCCUUCAAACAAAAAAUGGGAUGGUACAAUCUUUUAAAGAAGAUACUUGCAUACCCACAUCUAGCUUUGACAAACGUGCCAACUACUAUCCUACAUGGACUGGGAUAGCUCCAUCAUAAUGUCAGUCUUCCAUGCCCAAGAAACUUGUGGAUUGGAUUGCUGCAAUGAAUUCUUCAUGAAGCUAUCUUGAAUUCAGCCCAAAAGCUGUAACUGGCACAGACUGCAUCGGCUUAAUUAUUGAGAGGGAUGGAUAUAAAGCCCAUAUCACACUAGUCCUGAAAGUGUCACACUGAUUAUGAUUACUGAACUGUACUUCGAGUGUUGAGAUUAAUUUGUAAAGUUGUAAGGAUCCAAGUAUUAAAAAGAAUAUCUCCUCCAA